ACUGACAAGUUUUGAGUAGAAGCUCGAAGACCACUAGUCGAAUUUAAAUAAAAUCUGCAAUGCCUCCGAAAAAGGACACAAAAGGAAAAGAUAAUAAAGGCGGUGGCAAGAAACCUGCAGCUGGCGGAGAUUCCGAAAAAGGCAAGGAAAAGAAAGGAGGUAAUGCUGUGAAAGUACGUCACAUCCUUUGCGAGAAACAAGGCAAGAUCAUGGAAGCCAUGGAGAAACUGAAAGCCGGACAGAAAUUUCCCGAAGUUGCGACUGCAUACAGUGAAGACAAAGCCCGACAAGGCGGCGAUUUAGGAUGGCAAAUACGUGGUGCCAUGGUUGGACCAUUUCAAGAUGCCGCAUUUGCACUGCCAAUCUCAACUGUAAACAAUCCAGUCUAUACUGAUCCUCCAAUUAAGACUAAAUUCGGUUACCACAUAAUCAUGGUCGAGGGAAAAAAAUAAACUUAAUUUUUUAGUAAAAAAAGAAAAAAACAA